AAGGACCCGUUGUCCAACAUGGCGGCGUCCGUAUGGGUGUGCAGUGCCCUCCGCAUCACACUCGGAGGCGCAGCAUCACUCCGUGCUUCAGUGGGAGCUGUUCAGAUCUCUCACUUGGCCUGUCGAGCCUCAGCAGCCUCACUACAGAGGCGCCCAGAGUUUCUGUCCAACCCAUCAACAACCUGGCAGCAGAGCAGACAUGGCAGUUUCUUCAACAAAUUGACAGCUGAGGAACUGUGGCGAGGCGUGCUGGCAGAAUCCGGCGCUGGAGCCAGAAAGGGCAGAGGGAAGCGAACCAAACGCAAACUGAGGAGAGACCUCAAUCGAGGACAGAUCAUUGGAGAAGGUCGAGGUGGUUUCUUGUGGCCUGGUCUGAAUGCUCCGGUUCUAAAAGAUGGCGCCGUGCAGAGCUUCAGCCGAAGGAAUGAUGCUGAGCAACAGGAAGUUCAGGCGGAACUAACGCGACAGAGGGAUGAGUGGGAGAAGAGGAGGAGGAUGAGGGUGAAGAGGGAGAGAGGCUGGACAGGGAACUCCUGGGGGGGCAUCAGCCUGGGACACCCUGACCCUGGACCCAAUGGAGGUAAACAGCACUUAAACACAAAGAGUUUUUGA